GUCUCUGCGCGAGGGUGGUGCCGGCUCACGGCUGAAGCCCACUCGCGGACGCGGCCGACGGAGAGGGCCCCCGCCCGCGCCCGGCGCAUCAAAAAACCAUGGCGAAGGACGACGUCGAGAUGAAGGACGCCAAGGACGACGGUAAGAAGGACGACGACGCGACGGUCGAGGAGCCGCCGGCGCCCCCGGACCUGCUCGUCGCCAUCGAGAAGAACGUCGUGCUCAUCGAGAAGGCCGUGGAGACGUCGCAGACGCGGCUCAUGAUGCGCGCGCUGCGGAACAACGGCCCCAUCCGGAAGAAGGCCGACGCGGAGGUCCUCGGCCGCGCGGUCCGGAAGCUGCUGGGCCACGGCGGCGACGCGACGCAGGCGCUCGUCGCCGCGGCCCUCGCGGCCGACGUGCUGCCCGAGGUCGAGAUCUACGUGCUGACGCUCUGCGUGUCGACGCUCGUCCGCGGCCGCGACUUCGCCGCGGGCGCGGCCCUGAGCGCGCUCCUCAUCCCGCGGCUCCGGGCCGUGCAGGCCCUGCGGCGCGCCCUCGACCCCCUGUCGGCGAAGGUCUACUUUUAUUUCGCGCUGUGCCACGAGAAGCUCGGGAAAUUCGACGACGUCCGCGCGCAGCUCUUCGCGGCGCACCGGACGGCCGUGCUCCAGCACCACGAGUUCUCCGCCGCCGUGCUGUUGAACGGCCUGCUCCGGGGCAUGCUCGAGGCGAACCUGGUGGAGGCGGCGCUGAAGCUCGUGUCGAAGACGACGUUUCCCGAGACGGCGUCCAACAACCAGUUCUGCCGCUACCUCUACUACACGGGCCGCAUCCAGGCCAUCCAGCUCGACUACAGCGACGCCUUCACGAAGCUCAUGCAGUCGUCCCGCAAGGCGCCCGCGAACACGGCGCUCGGGUUCCGGCUCCAGGUCACGAAGCUGACGCUGCUCGUGCAGCUGCUCAUGGGCGAGAUCCCGGACCGCAGCGCCUUCGACGGCGAGGGCAUGCGCGGCGAGCUCGAGCCCUACCUGAAACUGACGCAGGCCGUGCGCCGCGGCGACCUGCUGGCCUACAACAAGGUCGUCGCGGACUACGGGGCCAAGUUCGCGCGCGACAAGACCGCGUCGCUCGUGCGCCGCCUGUCGCAGAACGUCGUCAAGACGGGCCUGCGCCGCAUCAACGUGUCCUACAGCCGCAUCUCCCUCGAGGACGUGAAGACGAAGCUCCACCUCGACUCCGUGCGGUCCGCGGAGUUCGUGUGCGCCAAGGCCAUCAAGGACGGCGUCAUCGACGCCGUCAUCGACCACGACAACGCCUGCGUCAAGUCCAAGGACGUCGCCGACAUCUACUCCACCAUCGAGCCCCAGAAGGCCUUCCACCGCCGCGUCGUCUUCUGCCUCGACGUCCACAACGAGGCCGUCAAGGCCAUGCAGUACCCGCCGGACGCGCACAAGCCCAAGAAGGCCCUCGAGGACGGCGAGGAGGCCAAGGACGACGAGAAGCAGACCGACGAGGAGCUCGCCAAGGAGAUCGAGGAGGAGCUCGGCGACGAGAUGUAGCGCGGCCCACCGUCCGCGACCGGCCGCACCCCGUCGCCCCGCUUCGCACUAAACACUCGCUUACGUCC